AUUCAAAAAAAAAGUACUGUAAAAUCACAAGCUCUGUUGCACAAAGUACUGCAAUUUUUUCAUUAUUCUUAAACUAAAUAAUUAGAUAUGAAUACUAGAGAAAAAAGAAAUGGAAAGAAAAAAGAUACUGUUGCCCAACCAUUGAAAGAUGUUGCUAAAGUAAAAAAGUCAUAUGCUUCCAAAGAAUUGACAGCGGCAGCAAUAGUAGAACAAGAAACUUAUCCUAGGAUCGAGCUCGAAGAAGAAGUUGAGAAUAAUCUUGUAAAACUAUUAAAAACAAAUUUAGAAAAUAGAUUAAAAAGUACUGUAAUAUCAAAUCGGUUGACAGCCAAAAAGUUAACAGAUGUAUAUAACGCAUUAUUUGACUAUGGCUUCAAACAAGAACAAAUAGAAAUUGCCAUGGAUCAUGUUCUACCUCAAGGGGGAGAUUUAAUAGAUGCUUUAGAUUGGCUAUGUUUAAAUCUCAAGAGUGAUCAAUUGCCGAAAGGAUUCUGUCACAUUAAAAAAACUGAUACUAAACCUCGUGAAAAAUUCCAAGAAAAUUUAACAAACAAAAGAAUAGAAACUAAAAGUGUUAAAGCUCCACCUAAAAAAGAUAUAGAAUCGGAUAAGGCAAAUAUGAAAGAUUGGAUAUUAAGAUAUGCAGAGGAUACUGAUUCAAGCGAUGAUGAAUCAAAUGCUAAGAAAUCUGUUGAAGAAAACCCCAAUGAAAAAUACGCAAGAAUUGAUUAUCUUAUUGCCGAAACAAAGCAAAAAGCUCAAUUGGCAAAAGCCGAAAGGAAUAAGAAGGCUAGUAAAGAAUUGAGUACGAAAAUUAAUCAAUUAAUGCAAGAACUGAGAACAAUUGAGAAGCAUCCUCAAUUUAAUCUUUCAAGCGUUCAAAAAUACGAACCACCUCCAGAAGGUAAAGUUCCAGACUUAACAAGUGAUUUGGUCCACAAGAAGAGUUCCAUUGAUGAUGAUGACAAUGAUGACGAAUGCGAUGUAGGUCUCCUUGGUUUCGACAGUUUAGAAUGUUCUAAUCCAGAGAAGAUUGAAAAGCCUAAAUUCCAAAAGAGAUCUUUCUCCUAUACAAGACAACAGUGGACUGGAAAAUCUCCAAAACAAUUUUUAAUCGAUUGGCUACGUAAAAAUCUAAAGAAUAGUCCACCACCUAGAUUUAAACCUAUACAAGUAUCCGGAUCAUUAUGGAGAAGCAGGUGUAUAGUUAAUCGAAAGGAUGGUGAUGUUGAAGUAAUACCAGAUAUUGUUUGCGAAAAUGUCAAAGAGGCUGAACAUUUAGCUAGUACACUUGCGCUAUUUCAGCUAUGCGGCGGCCAGAGAAUUCAUCAAUUAUUACCACCUCCUUAUAGAGAUAUUUGGUUGGAAUGGAAAAAAGCAGAAGAGGAUAUUGUACAAAGUGGUAAAGAGCAAAUAAGUAAACCCAGAGACGCUUUUGUUUCUCAAUUAGUCAAGAAACUAUCAAAGAUCAAAGUAUCCCUAUCCGAUGUCUCUAAUAACGAACAAGAUAACGUUUGUAACGAUUGGGAAGAUAUACCUGUAUCACCCGUUACAACAUCUAAACUAAACCUAAAAGAUCCCACUAUAAAGGCGCGCUGUCGCGAUAUUCUUUUAGCUGCUUCAAAACAACAAGAAUACGAGAAAUUGCUAAAAACGCGAGAACAAUUACCAGUUUAUAAAUACAGAGAUGAAGUUAUCAGCGCAAUAAACAAAUAUGAUGUUACAAUUAUUUGUGGUGAAACUGGCAGUGGAAAAUCUACUCAAAUACCUCAUUUUCUCUUACAAGAUUUACUAGUGGAUAAAGAUUUCUUGGAUUGUAAUUUAAUUUGUACUCAACCUAGGAGAAUAUCUACCGUAUCUUUAGCUUCUCGAACUGCUCUUGAGAUGAAUACUAAUAAACCAGGCAGUAGAGAUAGUUUAAUAGGAUAUCAAAUUAGAUUUGAAGCAAAGACUUCACCAACGAUGAAGUUGCUAUAUUGCACAACGGGAGUGCUUUUACGAAAGAUUCAAAAUAAUGUUCUACUGAAUGGUACAAGUCAUGUAAUUAUUGAUGAAGUUCACGAACGUUCAGUUGACUCGGAUUUCUUAUUGGUUACCCUAAAGAAUUUGGUAAAAGAGAGGAAAAGGUUAAGAAAACCGUUAAAAGUAAUUUUAAUGAGCGCUACUCUCGAUGCUCAAAAAUUUAUUGAUUACUUCGAGUCGUCGGAUGAUGAUGUUAGGCAAAUAUUAGAUGUAAAACUGGUAUCACUACCAGGAAGGACGUUUCCAGUUCAAAAUUUUUUUCUCGAGGAUAUCGUCGAGCAAACUGGUUUUUGUCCUGAAGAAGCUGAAGUUAACGAUAACUCAAAUUAUGUAACGGAAAAUCUUUCAAUAUCAGCUAAAGGAGGUAAAUCUUUUAAGGAACAAGUCUCUUAUUCCACUCAGGAGGUAGAGCACAACGACUUAGAACUGGAUACAACAAAAUAUAGUGCCCAAACAAUUCAAACAGUAAAUCGGUUAAACGGCAUAUUAAAACUCAAUUUAGAUAUUAUUUUGGAAACAAUAAAAUUAAUAGAAAGGAAAGAAGAAUUUAAUCAAGUUCAAGGUGGAAUAUUAGUAUUUUUACCCGGUUUAGCUCAUAUACAAGAAUUAUAUGAUAUGAUCCUUUAUGACGCAGAACUGUCAAAGCGCAAGCACAAAGUUCUGCCGCUGCACUCAACUUUAUCAAACGAUAGCCAGGAGGAAAUAUUUAAAUAUCCUCCUAAAGGUCAUAGGAAAAUCGUUUUGGCAACAAAUAUUGCCGAAACUGGAAUUACAAUUCCAGAUAUUGUAUUCGUUAUAGACAGUGGCAAAGUAAAGGAAAACUGGUUUGACGAAAAUACUCAAAUGAGUCGUCUUAAGGAAGUUUUUGUUAGUCGGGCAAGUGCUGAUCAAAGAAAAGGUCGAGCCGGUAGGGUUCGUGAAGGAUUUUGCUUCAGAUUAUAUACACAUAUGAGGUAUAACAGUAUGAAACAAUUUACAACUCCAGAGAUUUUACGAGUACCACUGGAAUCUCUCUGUCUGCAUAUCUUAAAAUGCGAGGAAAAGGAUCCCGAGAAAAUAUUAUUGUCAGCUUUAGAUCCUCCAAGACCUGAAGCUAUUAGGAAAUCUCUAUCACUACUACAAGAAAUAGGUGCUGUUGAUUGUAUAAACAUGGUUCUAACGCCGCUUGGUCAUCAUUUAUCAACUCUUCCUGUCCAUGUGAAAUUAGGACGUAUGUUAAUAUUCGCCGCUAUAUUUGGUGUAACAGAGCAAAUAGCCAUAAUAGCCGCCAGUAUGAAUGAAAAAUCACCUUUCUACGUUCCUGUACGAAAGAAAGAAGUUGCUGAAAAUGCAUUAAUGAAUCUAAGCGUUUCAAAUUCGGAUCAAUUGACAAUAUUGAAUGCAUUUACUAAAUGGCAAGAAUCUAGAGCAAAGGGGAGAAACGCUGAAAAACUUUAUUGUGAUAUGAAUUUCAUUAAGAGGAGCACUAUGAUAGAAAUUGAGAACAUCUCAAAGGAGCUAAUGAAAUUAGUAAAUUCAAUUGGCUUCAAUAAUGAUUCUCAAUUGAUCGGGAAUAAACUAACUGCAAAGGACGAAAAUAUGAUUAAGCUUAUUCUAACUGGUGGAAUUUAUCCCAACAUUGGUCAAAUUAGGAAAAUUGAAAGAACUGAAGGUGAUAGAACGCCCCUGACCGAUUGUUUAACGAAUCAAGGAAAAGUGUUAGUUCACCCAUCGUCUGUCAACAAGAACAUUAACAUGGACGGCUUCAUAAUCUAUCACGAAAAAACGAAGGGCGAGAAGAAUACAUUUAUUCGAGGGACAACUUUAAUUGACAACAUCUCACUCUUAAUGUUCGGAGGUGAUAUUCAAGUAUUUCACGCUAAUCAGACUGUAACGGUUGAUGGAUGGAUUAAAUUAAAAGUAAGGACACUGGCAUUUUAA